AUGGGCACUAAGCCUGGGACCCAGGGCAGCUCCGGUGGCCAAGCCGGCGGCUUCCGCAAGAUCUCCAAGCCACUGAUGGAGAAGAAGCGACGGGCACGCAUCAAUGUAUCGCUGGAGCAGCUGAAGUCGUUGCUGGAAAAACACUACUCCCACCAGAUCCGGAAACGCAAGUUGGAGAAGGCGGAUAUACUGGAGCUGAGCGUCAAGUACAUGAAAAGCCUUCAGAACUCGGCUCAAGGGCUCUGGCGGGUCCCCAGCGGAGCCGAGUUCCCGUCUGGCUUCCGCAGCUGUCUGCCGGGAGUUAGCCAGCUUCUGGGGCGCGGAGAGGACGGCGGCGGCGGCCUGCGCUGCCCCCUGGCGCUUGAGCGCGCAGGUGGCAGCACCAUGGACAGCGCCAGCCCGAGCCCGGAGGCGCCCGCGCCGCUUGGCCCCUGCGUCCCCGCCAUUUGGGUCCCUGCUCCAGCCAUCGGCGCCUCGAGGUCCCAGCCACCCCGGCUCCUCUUCCCUGGAGGUCUCCCCGGCCCGUCCUCCAGCGUCCCGGGGCCGCAGCCGGCCCCUCGCCGCUGCGCCGAGAACCCAGGGCCGGGUCUGGGGGUUUGGCGGCCCUGGUGA